CUAAAUAGACAGAGUGACAAAGACAUAGCUAGAGCACGAAAAACAAAAACUCCACCACAAAGUUGUUGAAAUAGUGGCUUUUGGGUAAUUGCAUGCAUGUGAGAGAGAGAGAGAGAGAGAGAGGGAGAAAAAAGGAGUGAGAGAUUUGGGUGGGGUGUGGACUCGAGGAAAAGAGGGAGGGAAGUGGGUGGAGGUGUGGUUGUGAGUGUUUGUGCGUGUCUUGGCGGCGAGGGCUGAGUCUGACAUUUGGAACGUAGAGAGCAGAAGGAGUUGGGCUUCAACAGAAAGGCUACCAUCAAAAAUCAUCAUGUUGGUUCUUCUAGCCGGAAUCUUCCUCCUUCACCUCACCAGCAUCAUCCUCCUCCUAGUGGCAACUAUCGACAAUGCCUGGUGGAUGACAAAAACCGUGUCCACUGAUGUGUGGGCCAGGUGGAUACUGACCAAUGGAACCUGGAGCUCCAACGAUCUCCCCAGCUACUACCAUCAAGAAUACCUCCAGGCAGUGCAGGCUAGCUCCAUUCUGGCCUGCAUAUUCUCUUCCAUUGGCCUGUUUGUGUUUGUGGGACAGCUCUUCACUCUAUCAAAGGGACAGAGAUUCACCUUCUCUGGCAUCUUCCAGCUCCUAGCCUGCCUGUGCAUCAUGAUUGCUGCCUCCAUCUACACAGACAUCUUUCACAAGAAUGAAUCGGAUGGUUGGUAUGGCCACUCCUUCAUUCUGGCCUGGAUCUCCUUUGCGUUCACCUUCAUCUCCAGUAUAAUCUACUUUGUCCUGCGAAAGAAGACUGCAAACUAGAAGCAGAAGACUAGCCCAAACCCAAGGGACAUGCUCAAUAUCUUACGAUCUGAUCGUUUUUUGUACAAUUAGGUAUGGAUAUGAGUGUGGGAUACAAAAGGGGAGAGUUGUUAUCCACAGAUUUUCUGGCUUGAAUUUUGAUUCAUGUAUCUCUUUUGGUUCCCACUGAAGUGUGUCUAAACAUAUGGAUUUACAUUGUAAUAACUUACCUGUCCUGCCCACAUAGUAAUAACUCACCUGUCCUGCCAGCAUAGUAAUAACUUACCUGUCCUGCCCACAUAGUAAUAACUUACCUGUCCUGCCCACAUAGUAAUAACUCACCUGUCCUGCCAGCAUAGUAAUAACUUACCUGUCCUGCCCACAUAGUAAUAACUCACCUGUCCUGCCAGCAUAGUAAUAACUUACCUGUCCUGCCAGCAUAGCAAUAACUUACCUGUCCUGCCCACAUAGUAAUAACCAUCUGUCCUGCCCACAUAGUAAUAACCCACCUGUCCUGCCCACAUAGCAAUAACUUACCUGUCCUGCCCACAUAGCAAUAACUUACCUGUCCUGCCCACAUAGCAAUAACUUACCUGUCCUGCCCACAUAGUAAUAACCACCUGUCCUGCCCACAUAGCAAUAACUUACCUGUCCUGCCCACAUAGCAAUAACUUACCUGUCCUGCCCACAUAGCAAUAACUUACCUGUCCUGCCCACAUAGUAAUAACCCACCUGUCCUGCCCACAUAGCUAUAACUUACCUGUCCUGCCCACAUAGUAAUAACCCACCUGUCCUGCCCACAUAGUAAUAACUUACCUGUCCUGCCCACAUAGUAAUAACUCACCUGUCCUGCCAGCAUAGUAAUAACUUACCUGUCCUGCCAGCAUAGCAAUAACUUACCUGUCCUGCCCACAUAGUAAUAACCAUCUGUCCUGCCCACAUAGUAAUAACCCACCUGUCCUGCCCACAUAGCAAUAACUUACCUGUCCUGCCCACAUAGCAAUAACUUACCUGUCCUGCCCACAUAGUAAAAACCACCUGUCCUGCCCACAUAGCAAUAACUUACCUGUCCUGCCCACAUAGCAAUAACUUACCUGUCCUGCCCACAUAGCAAUAACUUACCUGUCCUGCCCACAUAGUAAUAACCCACCUGUCCUGCCCACAUAGUUAUAACUUACCUGUCCUGCCCACAUAGUAAUAACCCACCUGUCCUGCCCACAUAGUUAUAACUUACCUGUCCUGCCCACAUAGCAAUAACUUACCUGUCCUGCCCACAUAGUAAUAACCCACCUGUCCUGCCCACAUAGUAAUAACCCACCUGUCCUGCCCACAUAGUUAUAACUUACCUGUCCUUCCCACAUAGUUAUAACUUACCUGUCCUGCCCACAUAGUAAUAACCCACCUGUCCUGCCCACAUAGUAAUAACCCACCUGUCCUGCCCACAUAGUUAUAACUUACCUGUCCUGCCCACAUAGUUAUAACUUACCUGUCCUGCCCACAUAGUUAUAACUUACCUGUCCUGCCAGCAUAUUACCAAGUCCAUGUUUAGGUUUCAAUAUAAAGCGGGACAACAUUUUCAAAGUUAAUGAAACUUUUACAGCCCUCAUAUAUUUGUUGGAGAAGGUAUAGUGGAGUCAGAGAGUAUAGAGCGACAGUAUCUCAUUAUUUCAGAAUCAUAGUCCUGAACUAUUCUUGCUUACAUUUGAUUUAUUUCUCAAUUAGGCUCAUAAUAAAACAAUGCCAAAACUCUCAAAACCAAAUAGAAGAAUGAAUUGACUAGAGUGCCGCAAACAGAAUCCAAUUUCGGAAACUGUCAACGAUCAUUACCCCGUUUGACUUACAGCCCUACUAUAGUGUGCUGAAUAAGACAAAGAAUAUAAUGUAUUUGCCAAUGUCCAUACAUGGAAUGGAACAUUAGUACUAACCUCACUGCUAACUGGACCCCUCCCCUUUUUAGUUAUGUAAUUAUUUUUGCGAAUUAUUUUAUGCUUUCUACCAUUUGUCUGAAUCAACCUAUCCCCCAGACACACCCAUGGACUGACAGACAAACAGACGGAUAGAUCUUGAGUGCCUUGAAAUCUGACAGAGCAUAUUUGCUCACUGCACAUUGAGAUAUAUGUGUAAAUAUGAACAUGUUUGGUUCCACAUUAUGCUUUGUAUGUCUAAUGCAAUUUUAUUUUUGUUACUAUUUCUUAUAAGUAUGAUAAUGAUAAUAAUUUGUAUUAAAACCUGAUUUAAAUCAAA